GUUGUGAAGUUUAAUUGAACAUACUGUAUUGAAAAAAACGAGGUAACAGCUGGAUUACUCACGCUCACGUUACAAAUACUAAGUAAGCUAUGCGGUACGUUCUCCGUUAUUUUGUUGCGGCCUUCCUGUUAACCAGCGCACGUGGAGCAGUGUUUGACGGUGAAACGGAACAAGACGUUGUGAAACUUAUACAGGCAUCGAUAGAAUGCCGUCACGUUCCAGGUAUGACGGUCGGCAUCUUCAAAGAAAACGAUAAAUGGACACGAGGGUUUGGGACGGCUGAUUUAAAGAGCGGGCGGCCUGUUGACGAAGAUACAUUGUUCAACAUUGGUUCUGUAACCAAGUCAUUUACCAUGGCUCUGCUGGCAAUCCUGCUUAAAAAGAACAAAUUACAGUGGACGACGAAGAUAUCCGAUAUUCUUGGCCCAGAGUAUGGGUUCAUUGACGACCAUAGGACACGGGAGACAACUCUUCGAGACCUUUUGUCACAUAGAACAGGCCUGGCCAGCCCCGACAAUGGCUUUAUGGCUGGGUUCCCGCCAUCCAUAUCGAGGGCAGACCUUUGCAAACGAAUGAGAUAUCUCCCACAGCAAAUCCCUUUUAGGGACUCCUUCAUCUACAACAAUUACAUGUACAUGUUACUUGGCCAUGUGGCAGAAAAGUUAGGUGGGGACACUUGGGAAAAUCUUGUGACGUCAAGAAUAUUUGUACCCCUUGGAAUGAAGUCAACUAAAAUACUGAAAAAGAAAUCGGACGUUCUUUCAAGUGAGAUGGCGCAUCCGUACAUAUACAAGGACAACUCGUUUGAAAACUCAACUUCAGAUAUUUAUGAACUGCACCCGGUGGAGCCAGCAGGAGCCAUAUUGUCGUCUGCAGAGGACAUGGUGCGUUAUUUACAGUUUGUCUUGAACAAUAGGAAUACAACGACUGGGGACCAGCUGAUAGACCCUAAGCUCUUCAGUGAAGCUUUCUCAGCUGUCAUUCCUACGGAUGAGAUGGAAACCGUGUCCAAACCCACAUUCCCCAUAUCUGACGUGCAAGUUGGGUAUGGAUACGCAUGGUUCGUCAGUAAUUAUGAUGGUCACAGAGCGUUGUGGCACAGUGGAGGCUUUUGGUCUUACAUAACGCUAGUCUGGUUGUUUCCGGAAGAAAAUAUUGGGAUAUUUAUUAGUACAAAUGGAGGCCUGUUAGAGGAUUACCAGUACACAUCCUUGACUACAACUAUGUACUACCUGGCAGACAUACUACUGGACAAAGAACCAUGGCUGAACUCUUCAACUGCCUGCUCCUUUCCCGAACCUUGGAGAAACGAGACAGAUUCGAAUUUUAGGGAAAUAUCUGCUUUUUUACCCGACAUUUCCGAGUACACCGGAAUCUACGGAAAUGAGUUUCAACCAGAGUUCAUAUUAACUGUGAAUGGAAGUUCACAAACGCAGCUGAACUUCGAAUCGGGACGACUCGGGGGAAAUCUCUAUUCAACCCAAGACAAAGAUCGAUUCUUGAUGGAGAUAACAUACCCGUGGGAACUUUACGUUCCGCUGAUGGACCAUAACAACGUUACGACAAAAACAAAUGUCACCUUUGUUCGCAAAGCUGGAACAGUGACAUCAAUGAACAUAAACAUUGGCACCAAUAUAAUAUUUACAAAAGGUGUUUCCAUGUUAGACGUUAUUUCCCGAAACACUAACGGAAGUAGGAGAAGAGUUACUUGGCCAGAUUUUGCGCAAGUUCUACUGCGAAGUCGCCCGCAGCCAUCAGAAAGGCGCUCAAAGGCUUUCGGAGCUGGGUCUAAGGUGUACCACAAGAAUAGUAUGAAGAACAUACGAUCUGAUCUGAACAGACAUCUGACCGACUUUGGCCGCAACAUGGACAUUGUUCAUGGCACAUCAUUUAAGGCUGCAAAUCGCACACUUGAUGGCUUCAUGAAGGAACAAACUAAGACCGGACUUUCCCGACCCACACAUCACAAGCCUAUCAUCGAGCAAAGCGACCUUGAAACCAUUUCAAGGUUCUUCGCCAGUGCUCCAUGCUCUCCAAUUAUUCUUCGACCUUGUGUAUGGUUCCAACUUGCUCUCCACUUCGUGUCACGCGGCCUUGAAUUUCAUCACCAGCUUCAAAUCGACUCCUUUGAGUUUAUUGAAGACCGUGAUGGAAUUGAGUAUGUCACCCUGAAGCACGAGACGCAGCAAACAAAAAUCCAGGGUGGGCUUACCAAGGAUUAG